AUGCCGGAGAUUAUCGAUAAGCUCGUAUUUGCGUCAGGUGGGAAGACGUUGGUAACCUAUCAAAACGACAGGGACACUCUGUUUGCGGUGAACAAGAACCAGCUAACCAAAAUCCUGCAACUCGAUAAGCCAGAAGACGAACCGGAGAUUCUAAGUACAUGCAAUGAGCCUACUUCGAUCCACCUGUGCUCCGACAGACGUCUUCUCGUGACAUCUGCGAAUGGAGACGUCCAUCUGUACUCUGCAAAUGGGAAAGAUGACCUUCUCUUCAGAUCGCCGCUGCCAAUACGCGAUUGUGCUGCCAUACAUGAUGAAACCAUGUGCGUGGUAGGAGGGGACGACCUAGAACUGACGUUCAUUGAGCUAAAGACUGCGGGCAAUAAAGAGACGCUGAAGUUGGACGAACAAGUAUCACAGCUGUCAUAUAGCCCUCAUAUGAAUAUAUUGGCUGUUACUCUUGUUAAUGGGAACGUCCACUUUUAUUCGCUGACAUCUGCCACGCCAAAUGAAGUCAAGAAGCUGGAGGACUAUGCUGUUUCAAACUUUUACAGCGAUUCCUCCGAUACGGCGUCGCAGACGGAUGGUGUCCAGUACUGCGAUGAGAACAGGAUUUGCACCCGUGUUGCAUGGCAUCCGCGUGGAUUGCAUUUUGCCAUUCCUUGUAAAGACUACACUGUGAAGAUAUUCAAUCUCAGUGACUUUUCGAUAUCGAAGACUCUGGCUUCUGGGAGCACGUCACAUUUUACCAACCUAUCAUUUGAUCCUUUCCAGGGCCGUUAUGUUGCAGCUGUCGAUUUAAGUAAUAAUCUGCUAGUCUGGGAGCUCAGUAGUGGUCAGAUUUCUUAUUCAAAACGGUUAGACUACAAGGUUUCCAAUGUAUGCUGGAAACUCGACGGCGACAGCAUGCAUUUAUUAUUAGGAACAUGGGAUGGUGAGCUACUGACAGUCAAAGACAUUGGUCAAUACGACAGAACAGCUGGUAAGCUUGCAGCAGACAAUGCUUCUGCACAGACAAAGAAGCCGAAAAACGCGUUAUUUCUGGAUUCUGAUGAUGAAAACGAUAGCGAUGUCUCACCUGCGUCGCCGACGUUGAUUGGAGAACAGGGACGUAAUACUAUAUCAGCAGAUAUCCCAACAGAUACAGAGCAUGGAGAUGAAAAUGAGAAAGGGGCUUACAACUACGAAGAUGAUGAGCAGUUCAUCGAUGAUGACGACAAUGCUGGAUAUGUUCCCAUCAAGCGGAAAAGUGCAUACGUACCAUCUCUGGUAUCCAAUUCGAAGCGGCCAAGGAUCGCCGAUUCGGGCCCAGUGUUCCGCUAUAAGCCAAUUUCACCUGGGGGUACGCCCUUUGGCUCCAGUGACAAACGGUACCUGACAAUGAAUGGUAUAGGUUACGUCUGGACUGUCCGCGGGACUGAAGGACAGUAUAGUGUCACAGUAUCAUUCUUUGAUGUCGGCAGGUAUAGAGAAUACCACUUCGAAGACUUAUUUGGUUACGAUCUUUGUUCCCUAACAGAUGAGGGCACUUUUUUCGGACAAAGUAAAACAGGAGAGCUGCUAUACAGGGUCCACAGUUUUAAUGGGACUAAAUGGACUAAGAGAAUUCCGCUUGCUCCUUCUGAAAUCAUCACAGGCAUUGCUUCCACGGGUAAGAAGCUGGUGGUGGCCACCUCGCUGGGAUAUAUUAGAACAUUUAACGAACAUGGACUUCCUCUAGCGCUGGAGAAGAUGACCCCCAUUGUAGCGUUGGCUGCUCAGGAACAUAAAAUAUUUGCCGUUCAUUAUUCUAUCUACCAUGGACUUUCUUAUUCCCUGUUUGAACAAAACCCAGAAACAGGAAGCAAGUAUUACCAACGGGAAUGUUCGUUGCCGCUCACGCUUCCAUUGUUCGGCCCUGAAAACAAGUACAUCAGCACAGGCGACACAUUUAAUGACUUCAAUCCCAUUGGCAUCAAGUCUUUGUUUUUUUCUACCUUUGGAGAUCCAUGUAUCUUUGGGUCUGACAACGUCUUGCUGGUGCUGUGUAAAUGGAGAAACUCUAUGGAAAGCAGAUGGGUCCCCAUAGUUGACAGUAAUCUAGAGAUCUGGAAACUUUCUGGUGGUAAACAGCCAGAAGACAUUCAUGUCUGGCCACUCGGCCUGAACUAUGACAUGUUAAAUUACAUUCUAAUCAAAGGCAAGAAUCUGUGGCCCGGCUUCCCCUUGCCGCUGCCUUCAGAAAUGGAAAUCAGGCUUCCACUUCUCGAUAAAACGCAGGUGCUGAAAAACGACACAUCUCCCGACGAAGAAGUGGUGAUCCCUCCCGCACUAGCAGCAGAAGAGGAAUUCCUCCGCUCUCAGGUCCUUGCAGGACUCCUUGCAGAUACACUAAAGUAUGAUGGAGAGUUUUUUGGGAAUGAGAAUGAGAUACUGGCGAACUUGAAUGGGGUUCGUGACAAAUCGUUGCUACGCCUCUUUGCCUCCGCUUGUUCAGACCACAACACCGAGAAGGCGCUAUCACUGGUGAAGGAAUUGAAGCAAGAUAAAGCAUUGAAUGCCGCUCAAAAAAUAGCAGAACGCGCUGAAUUAUUAAGACUGGUAAGCAGCAUCAACGACAUCAGAAACUCUCGUUUCGAGUCAGAAUUGAACAACUUAUAG